AUGGUCGAUUCCAUACGAGCGCGUGCUGGUGCCGCGGCAGAGCAACUGAUUCACGAGCAACACAGGUCCAAAGUUCAGAAGGUCAUCUGCAUUCUCCACUACUUCUCCCGUGUGCUCGCUGAGGACGGUGCGCCCGCGGGUGCGAUCACCUUUGCUCGCCGCUGUCUCAACCAUCCGCCGGACUUUGAAUCGAGCACUGUCCUGAUUGGUUCCGUCCCGCUCAGUACUAGCUCCACGAGUCUCAUUGAGGAUGCCGGAAGCGACUGUUUGCAGGCGAGCUAUCAGCUUAACGAAACCGACAACCAUGUAAAGCCGGGCUUUUUUCUCCUAUUGACAUCGCUUGGUUCUCCUACUUUCAGGGACAAGCAGGGCAGGUGGAAAAAGGUGGUAACCAUGAUUGACGCUGUCUGCUUCGCCGACCCUGUGCUACAGUUCCAAACCGAGUUCCUUCGACGGGAAUUGCGCAAGGCUUACGCUGGUUUCACCGACAUCGCCGCUCCCUACCGUUCCCUGCCUGCCAUUGUUGUGAGCGGUCAUUGGGGCUGUGGGGCCUUCAGGGGCAACAAGGCGCUUAAAGCCCUGCUUCAGCUGAUGGCAUGUGCCCAGGCAUGUAAGGCUCUGGCCUACAGCACCUUCGGAGAGGAACACUUCGGGGAAGAAAUCCUUCGGAUGUAUGACAGCCUUGCGGACUCACAGUCGGCUCUGGUAUAUACUCACCCAUUUGGAGCCCCCGAAGUGCAGAAGAACGUAGAAAUGUCUGAAUAUGUGUUCAAGGCGGUACAGCAGCAGCUCACCAGCAAAGAAACUAGAGCAGCGAAUGAAAGCACUCCUGCUUGA